AGAGGAGAGAGAAACAAUCUCUCGGCCACUUUGCAACAUUCCUAUAGCCAAAAAAAUCACUGAAGGAAGUUUCUUUUUUGUUUUGUGUUUUUUUUAAUUUUUUUUUUUUUUUGCUGCUUGUGUUGAACUCUCGCCGUUAUUGUUAUUUGCAGCCAGUUUAUUUUUGAGCUCACCCAACCCCCCCUACCCACUUAAACCUUCCUGAAAAGUCAAAGCAGAAAGACAGUGAAUAUUUUUGGGGAGCAUUUUUAUUAUUAUUAUUAUUUGCAACUGCGAAGAUAUCUUCCCCCCUUCCGCACCAGCUUUUUUUUUCCCCCCCUUUUUUUUUUUUCCCCUUCCCCCUGCGCUGAUGCCGAAGGGGGUGUUUUUGAUGUGGUUGCUUUGGUGGUGAUCGUCGCUGACUUUCCAAAGAGGGUGUUUUCGCUGCCGCUGCUGCUGCUGCUGCUGCUUCUCUCCGCGUUGUGUGUGUGCGCGCGUGCUUUUUUUUUGGUUGCUGCAUCGACGCUGGGAAGAUGCUUCUGGAUGCUGGACCGCAGUAUCCCGCCAUAGGAGUCACUACCUUCGGAUCCUCUCGCCACCACUCCACGGCCGAUGUCACGGACAGAGAAGUGGGGCUGGGGAUCAACCCCUUCGCCGACGGCAUGGGCGCCUUCAAAAUCAACCCCAGCACCCACGAGCUGGCCUCGGCCGGCCAGACCGCCUUCACCUCGCAGGCGCCCGGCUACGCGGCGGCGGCCCUGGGGCACCACCACCACCCGACCCAUGUCAGCUCCUAUUCCAGCGCCGCCUUCAACUCCACCCGGGACUUUCUGUUCCGCAACCGCGGCUUCGGGGAGGCGGCGGCCGCCAGCGCCCAGCACAGCCUGUUCGCCUCCGCUGCCGGCAGCUUCGCCGGACCCCACGGACACACAGAUGCCGCGGGACAUAUACUUUUCCCGGGGCUGCACGAACAAGCCACCAGCCACGCUUCGCCUAACGUGGUGAACGGGCAGAUGCGCCUGGGCUUCUCCGGAGACAUGUACGGCAGACCCGACCAGUACGGCCAGGUCACCAGCCCCCGCUCCGAGCACUACGCCUCGACCCAGCUGCACGGCUACGGCCACAUGAACAUGAACAUGGCAGCCCACCACGGGGCAGGGGCCUUCUUUCGUUACAUGAGGCAGCCCAUCAAACAGGAACUCAUCUGUAAGUGGAUUGAGCCCGAGCAAUUGUCAAACCCCAAAAAGUCCUGCAACAAAACUUUCAGCACGAUGCACGAGCUGGUGACUCAUGUCACGGUGGAGCACGUUGGAGGACCCGAGCAGUCCAAUCACAUAUGUUUCUGGGAAGAGUGUCCGAGAGAAGGGAAACCUUUCAAGGCCAAAUAUAAACUUGUAAAUCACAUCAGAGUCCACACAGGUGAAAAACCUUUCCCCUGCCCUUUCCCAGGCUGUGGCAAAGUGUUUGCCAGAUCAGAGAAUCUCAAAAUACACAAAAGAACUCAUACAGGUGAAAAACCAUUUAAGUGUGAGUUCGAGGGCUGUGACAGGCGCUUUGCAAACAGCAGCGACCGCAAAAAGCACAUGCAUGUGCACACUUCCGACAAGCCCUAUCUCUGCAAAAUGUGCGACAAGUCCUACACGCACCCCAGCUCCCUCCGAAAGCACAUGAAGGUCCAUGAAUCAUCCUCGCAGGGGUCCCAGCCUUCUCCCGCCGCCAGCUCAGGCUACGAGUCCUCCACCCCUCCAACCAUCGUGUCUCCAUCCACAGAAAACCAGACUGCCAGCUCCUUAUCCCCUUCUUCCUCCGCAGUCCAUCACACGUCCAGCCACAGCACGCUUACAUCAAAUUUUAACGAAUGGUACGUCUAAAACGCUAAAACAAAACAACAACAAAACACAAACCGAAACAAACAAAAAAAAAAGCCCCAAGCGAGCAAACAAAUACUCUAUUUAAAGACUCCAAAAUAAUGGACCCUCUCAAAUCAAAUUUUAAAUGAGCAAACACAAAUAAAAUGCUGCCAGUAGACCCAGGACUGAGUAAAAUGAAGACUUAAUUUUUUUUCCCUUUUUUUGUCCUCUAUUUUUUUAGUUUUUCUCUUUUUUUUAUUUUUUUUCCCUUUCUUUUUUUUUCCCCGUUUCCUUUUUGUCUGACUGUUCUGCUCUGUUCCAAGGCUUGGUAGGCGAAGGGGUUAGUAGAAUGCAUAAGAAGACAAGGUUACCAGGGCAAAUGCCAACUGUGUAGGGCUUUACUGGAAACCACUGAUUAGAGAUCGCCAACUGCAUGUCUGCUCGGGCAGCGGCCUUCCCCCCAUCCCCUCUUGUAAAUACAGAAUU